AUGGAAGAUUCAGAAAUGGCCGAUAAUCAUGUAAUUUAUUUUAGAGAUCGUGAUGAAACUUUAAAAGGAAAACAAAGAAAAAAAAAAUAUCUUGGUGAAGCAAAAGAAGGAAUUAUUAGUGAAUGGAAUUUAGCUUGGAAAAAAAUGCUGGAAUUAGCCGAAGAAACGGUAAGAGAAAAAGAAGCGGCGAGUUUGGCUGGACGAGUUUUCUCCAAACUACAAUGUGGUGCUUGUUGCGAAACCGAAAGCCAACAAGAAGCUCAAAUUGUGGUGGUUAAUCCUCCUAAACAAGAUUAG